AUGUCUGAUGACAAGAAACGAGAUGAAUACGACAUCGAGCUGGGGGAAAAGAAUGGCAAAGUCUUCGAUGCACCUACGCCUCCGCCACAACCUAGAUUUACUCCAGCACCGUCAAGCUCCCUCUCGAACAAUCCCAUCCUUCCGAUCCUCAGCUAUUGCGCAUCUUCAAUAUUGAUGACGGUGACCAACAAAUAUGUUCUAUCCGGUACAGACUACAACUUAAACUUCUUCCUGCUCUGUGUUCAGUCUAUUGUCUGUGUUGUUGCAAUUCAGACAUGCAAGUCGUCAGGGGUUAUCAACUAUCGUGAUUUCAAGGUGGAUGAAGCAAAGAAGUGGUUUCCAAUCUCUCUUCUCCUAAUCGGCAUGAUCUACACGAGUACAAAAGCGCUCCGAUUUCUAUCGAUCCCUGUUUACACGAUUUUCAAGAACUUGACUAUUAUCCUAAUCGCAUAUGGGGAGGUGUUAUGGUUUGGGGGCUCGGUGACUUCCAUGGCGCUUUUCUCAUUCGGCCUAAUGGUGCUGAGCUCAGUCAUUGCGGCAUGGGCAGAUAUUAAGCAUGCAUUAGAGUCACAUGGAACUUCGACAUCUGAAGCGACCGCACGAAUCUCAACACUCAAUGCAGGAUACAUCUGGAUGUUGGCUAACUGCCUUUGCACGGCGGCAUACGUCCUUGGAAUGCGCAAGAGGAUAAAGCUGACCAAUUUCAAGGACUUCGACACUAUGUUCUACAACAAUCUGCUUACGAUUCCAAUCCUUUUUGUCGCAUCUCUCCUGGUGGAAGACUGGACUUCUGCCAACAUCGCCAAGAAUUUCCCUGUCGAGACCCGCAACAACAUCUUCAUGGCUAUGAUCUUCUCUGGACUUUCAUCCGUCUUCAUCUCUUAUACGUCAGCCUGGUGUGUUCGUGUCACUUCUUCCACCACAUAUUCUAUGGUUGGGGCACUUAACAAACUUCCCAUCGCUGUGUCUGGCCUCAUAUUCUUCGAUGCACCUGUGACUAUUCCUAGCGUGUCGGCGAUCUUUGUGGGCUUUGUCAGUGGCAUUGUCUAUGCAGUGUCGAAGGUCAAGCAGAGCUCCAAACCCAAGACUGGCAUUCUGCCAUCGUCAAACACUGCGCCUAUCAGUGCAAGCAGUCAAAGCAUGAGAGACGGCUUCAAGUCAUGA